AUGACAAAAUCUGAAUUUCAAAUUCAAAAAAUAUCUCCCAACAUAUCCCUAAUAGGACAAUUGGUCGACAACCACACAAGAUGUACUCAUUAUCAUACUAAACUAGAUAUCAUUGCUAUAAAAUUCAAAUGUUGUAACAAUUAUUAUCCAUGCUUUAAAUGCCAUCAAGAAUCAACUAACCAUGAACCAGACCGAUUCGAUAAAAAUGACAAUACAACCAAGGCUGUACUUUGUGGUAACUGUGUGAAUGAAUUAACCGUUACAGAAUACCUCAAUUGUGGCUAUACAUGUACUUAUUGUGGUGGACAAUUCAACCCUGGUUGUUCCUUACAUUAUGAAAUAUAUUUCAACAAUUAA